UCUGGUUCGGUCACCAGUUGCUGAGUCUUUUUCACAGCAGCGGACGAUGCGUUCACGCUGCACGCUCACGGUGUCCCGGGACUCACACAAGCGCGCGCCUCCAACAGCGAGCGACAACAGAGAGAUGUAAUAGUGGGGUCUACAGGGCUACCACAAUGGGAGGAGUAAGAAAGUUACCCUGAGCCCUGCCCACCUACUGCAAAACAUAUAAGACGCUGGAGUGAGGCAAAAAAGCAGGCAUUUAAGCCUUCAAUCUUGAUGAAAAGACAAAAACUUCUAACUACUUUCUUAAUUCCAUGAUCUAAGUCUUUUUUCAUUAUGGCUUCAUUGGCAGUUAAUUGACACCUCUUAAGUAUUUCUUUCAUCUGUUAUGGAUGAACAAGAACUUAAUUGAUAUUUUUCAUUCUCAUCAUCUAAAAGCUACAUAAACUUUGUCGAAAAGUGAGGAUUUUUUUUUUCUUUUUUGGGAAAAGUUGGUAGAAAUUAAGACACAAUGGCACUGGACUCUGACUUUGGUGUGAAGAGCAGCAGCAUCAUCAGGGAAUGGAGUGGACAGGUUCAGCCCGCUCUGGUCGCCUCUUUUGUUUUCCUCUUCUGUCUGGAAGCCUGUCUGUGGGUCAGGAACCUCAGACUCAAGAGGAGACUGCCAGGACCCUUUGCCUGGCCGGUGGUGGGCAACGCCAUGCAGCUAGGCCAGAUGCCCCACAUCACCUUCGCCAAGCUGGCCAAAAAGUAUGGAAACGUGUACCAGAUACGGCUGGGCUGCAGUGACAUUGUAGUUCUGAAUGGGGACAGAGCGAUACGUCAGGCUUUGAUACAGCACAGCACUGUGUUUGCAGGCAGACCAAACUUUGUCUCUUUCCAGAUGAUCUCUGGAGGCAGAAGUAUGAGUUUUACCAGUUACAGCAAACAGUGGAAAGCACACAAAAAAAUAGCUCAGUCCAGCCUCAGAGCCUUCUCCUCUGCAAACAGUCAGACUAAAAAAGCCUUUGAGCAGCACAUAACAGCAGAGGCCAUGGAGCUGGUGCAGAUAUUUCUACGCCACAGCAAUGAUGGACGAUUUUUUAACCCUGCUCAUGAAUUCACAGUAGCUGCUGCUAACAUCCUGUGUGCUCUGUGUUUUGGGAGGCGAUACGGACAUGAGGACCUGGAGUUUAGGAACCUUCUGAAAAAGUUGGACAAGUUUGGAGAGACAGUGGGGGCAGGUAGUCUUGUAGAUGUGAUGCCCUGGCUUCAGUCCUUCCCUAACCCAGUCCGCAGCGUCUACGAGAACUUCAAGAGCCUCAAUGAGGAGUUCUUCACCUUUGUCAAAGAUAAAGUGAUUCAGCACAGGGAGUCCUUUGACCCCGAGGUGACCCGGGACAUGAGUGACGCCAUCAUCAACGUGAUCGAGCAUGGAAAGGACAGCGGGCUGAGCAAAGAGUUUGUCGAAGCAACGGUCACAGAUCUGAUCGGAGCAGGUCAAGACACAGUGUCAACUGUCAUGGAGUGGAUCCUCCUGCUGCUGGUCAAAUACCCGGACAUGCAAGCCAAACUGCAUGAGCUCAUAGACAAAGUGGUCGGCCAAGACAGACUGCCAACAACAGACGAUAGAUGCAACCUCGAAUACCUGGAUGCCUUCAUCUACGAAACCAUGCGCUUCACCAGCUUCGUGCCAGUCACCAUCCCACACUCCACCACCUCUGAUGUCACUAUUGAAGGUCUCCACAUCCCCAAAGACACAGUGGUCUUUAUCAACCAGUGGUCAGUUAAUCAUGACCCUCUGAAGUGGAAGGACCCUCAUAUCUUUGACCCAACACGCUUCCUUGAUGAAAAUGGGGCCCUGGAUAAGGACAUAACCAACAAUGUGAUGAUCUUUUCAACGGGUAAGAGACGCUGUAUCGGCGAUCAAGUCGCCAAGGUGGAAGUGUUUUUAUUCACAGCCACCCUGCUACACCAGUGUAGCUUUGAGAGCAGCCCCUCUGAGCCCCCCUCUUUAGACUGCUCCUACGGGCUCACACUGAAGCCGCUCCGGUUCUGUGUCAGUGCCAAGCUGAGGGGGAAGCUCCUUGGAUUAGUUUCCCCGGCAUGAACAGCAUGUCCCAAUACUGUGACUCAAGGCCAGCAAACACUUUUCCACCAAUGACAUUUGACAGUGAGUAUCAAAAUCUUACUGUUGGAAGGUUUUCAUAUUUAAUAAUGAUAUUUAAUGCAUAUCUUAACACAGACUGUAUUUGAAGUUCCGUUUAGGUCAUGAUUUAAAGAUGUAAUGUUUGCUACAGGUUGAAUUUAAGGUCUUUGGCUGUGGGGAUAAACUUCUGCUUCACAAGAUACUGUAUACUUGAUGAGACUUUGUAUAUUAGUCAUGUGCUUGUUUCACAUCCACUAUUGUGUAUGUACAUGUAUUAUGUGUAUGCAGGAAUUAGCUACUUUCCUUACAUGUCAAUUCAAACUAAUAUAACUGUAUAUGAAAUGUUUGUGAAUGUUACAGAGUCUGUCAAUGAUGUAUUGGUCUUUAUUGUAAUAUGUACGAUUAUUUAACCAUUGCCACCUAAAGCAGUUACAUUUCUGUAUUUCAUAUUUCAGGUAUGACAAUAAAUGUUAUAUUUUUAAUGUAUUUCACUAUCUACUGUACACAAAGUAUCUAAACACAUGAAGUUAAGAAGUGGCGUGUUUGUGGAAGAGGGAGUCUUUAGUCAAAGGACAUCCAUCGCACUCUGACAGAUGAAGAAAAGACACUGCUAUGAACCUUGAAAAAACUUCACAGACUUGAUGCACCCAGGGUUCAGUUUUACUGUACAAGCACUGCAGCUAUACAAAGCCAAACACACACGUCGUAACAGUAUAGACAGACACACACAUGUGAAGCAAAUUUCCUCCACUCAUUCUCAAAAACAUGUUUGUUUACAAUGUCACUUUCUCAAAGCUAUAUGGAUGUUAGUGCGCUUUCUUUAAAGUGUCAUUGUUAAGGAAUUGAUGUCACAAUGCCUGGAGGAUGUGUUUCUCUCUGUCUCAAGGCAGCAAAUGCAACUCCUAAGGCCUUGAAUGUUAUUUAUCCAUGUGUUGGCUUUAUAUGAUGGGAAAAUAAGCUACAA